GGUUUCAAUGGUUUCAAGGGUUUCAAGGGUUUCAAGGGUUUCAAUGGUUUCAAGGGUUUCAAGGGUUUCAAUGGUUUCAAUGGUUUCAAUGGUUUCAAGGGUUUCAAUGGUUUCAAUGGUUUCAAUGGUUUCAAGGGUUUCAAUGGUUUCAAUGGUUUCAAGGGUUUCAAUGGUUUCAAAGGUUUCAAUGGUUUCAAUGGUUUCAAGGGUUUCAAUGGUUUCAAGGGUUUCAAGGGUUUCAAUGGUUUCAAGGGUUUCAAUGGUUUCAAGGGUUUCAAGGGUUUCAAUGGUUUCAAGGGUUUCAAUGGUUUCAAGGGUUUCAAUGGUUUCAAUGGUUUCAACGGUUUCAAGGGUUUCAAUGGUUUCAAUGGUUUCAAAGGUUUCAAUGGUUUCAAGGGUUUCAAUGGUUUCAAGGGUUUUAAGGGUUUCAAGGGUUUCAAUGGUUUCAAGGGUUUCAAUGGUUUCAAUGGUUUCAAGGGUUUCAAUGGUUUCAAGGGUUUCAAAGGUUUCAAUGGUUUCAAUGGUUUCAAUGAUUUCAAUGGUUUCAAUGGUUUCAAGGGUUUCAAUGGUUUCAAGGGUUUCAAUGGUUUCAAGGGUUUCAAAGGUUUCAAGGGUUUCAAUGGUUUCAAGGGUUUCAAUGGUUUCAAUGGUUUCAAGGGUUUCAAUGGUUUCAAGGGUUUCAAUGGUUUCAAUGGUUUCAAGGGUUUCAAGGGUUUCAAUGGUUUCAAUGGUUUCAAUGGUUUCAAUGGUUUCAAGGGUUUCAAUGGUUUCAAGGGUUUCAAGGGUUUCAAGGGUUUCAAGGGUUUCAAGGGUUUCAAUGGUUUCAAUGGUUUCAAUGGUUUCAAUGGUUUCAAGGGUUUCAAUGGUUUCAAGGGUUUCAAGGGUUUCAAUGGUUUCAAGGGUUUCAAAGGUUUCAAUGGUUUCAAGGGUUUCAAUGGUUUCAAGGGUUUCAAGGGUUUCAAUGGUUUCAAAGGUUUCAAUGGUUUCAAGGGUUUCAAGGGUUUCAAGGGUUUCAAAGGUUUCAAGGGUUUCAAGGGUUUCAAUGGUUUCAAUGGUUUCAAGGGUUUCAAGGGUUUCAAUGGUUUCAAGGGUUUCAAGGGUUUCAAGGGUUUCAAUGGUUUCAAGGGUUUCAAGGGUUUCAAUGGUUUCAAGGGUUUCAAUGGUUUCAAAGGUUUCAAUGGUUUCAAGGGUUUCAAGGGUUUCAAUGGUUUCAAGGGUUUCAAGGGUUUCAAUGGUUUCAAGGGUUUCAAUGGUUUCAAGGGUUUCAAGGGUUUCAAGGGUUUCAAUGGUUUCAAUGGUUUCAAUGGUUUCAAGGGUUUCAAUGGUUUCAAAGGUUUCAAUGGUUUCAAGGGUUUCAAUGGUUUCAAUGGUUUCAAUGGUUUCAAUGGUUUCAAUGGUUUCAAGGGUUUCAAUGGUUUCAAUGGUUUCAAGGGUUUCAAGGGUUUCAAUGGUUUCAAUGGUUUCAAGGGUUUCAAUGGUUUCAAUGGUUUCAAUGGUUUCAAUGGUUUCAAGGGUUUCAAUGGUUUCAAGGGUUUCAAUGGUUUCAAUGGUUUCAAGGGUUUCAAUGGUUUCAAGGGUUUCAAGGGUUUCAAUGGUUUCAAUGGUUUCAAUGGUUUCAAGGGUUUCAAUGGUUUCAAUGGUUUCAAUGGUUUCAAGGGUUUCAAUGGUUUCAAGGGUUUCAAUGGUUUCAAUGGUUUCAAUGGUUUCAAUGGUUUCAAUGGUUUCAAUGGUUUCAAGGGUUUCAAUGGUUUCAAGGGUUUCAAUGGUUUCAAGGGUUUCAAUGGUUUCAAGGGUUUCAAGGGUUUCAAUGGUUUCAAGGGUUUCAAUGGUUUCAAGGGUUUCAAUGGUUUCAAUGGUUUCAACGGUUUCAAGGGUUUCAAUGGUUUCAAUGGUUUCAAAGGUUUCAAUGGUUUCAAGGGUUUCAAUGGUUUCAAGGGUUUUAAGGGUUUCAAGGGUUUCAAUGGUUUCAAGGGUUUCAAUGGUUUCAAUGGUUUCAAGGGUUUCAAUGGUUUCAAGGGUUUCAAAGGUUUCAAUGGUUUCAAUG